AUGAUAACAAAAUACUUUGCUAAUGUGCUGGUGAAAUUCAACCCUUUUUCAAAUGCUGGUAAAAGUGCGAGAUUGUUUCUUUCAAGAGUUCCAUCAGGCACAAAAAUUGACUGUAAAGUCUUGACAAAACCAUCUGACAUCCAAGAAAUUAAAGUCGUUUUCAAAGAUAAACAUGUAAUGACUGCUAAUCCAGCUACAAUGAGAUUAGCAGAUUUAUCUGACUAUUUUGAUAUACAUUCCAGAAAGUUAGCCAUUAAAGAUUCUAUCCAAGAUUAA